AUGCUAGAAGAUAUAAGGUUGGCUUUGAUGGAUAGGAUGCAACAAAAAUUCAAAUUGCUUGAGACAUUUCAUCUGAUAAGUAACAUAGCUCCUAGUAUAUAUAAAAAGUUACAAGAGGCAUAUGAAGAGCAAAAAAAGUAUGAGAUUUAUUGGAGUGAGACUGAUGAAGAGAGAGGGUUUGAAGUUAAACAUGGGGGAAUCAGCCAUGAUGUGAGUUUAGCAGAUAUGACAUGCACUUUUAGGGUGUGGGAUUUGACUAGGGUAACAUGUGUACAUGCUAUUAGUGCACUUCUGUUCAUGAGGAAACAACAUGAAGCUUAUGUGUUAGAUUACUAUUCAUAUAACACCAAUUUAUUAACAUAUCAUACACUAUUAAACCCUAUUAAAGGAAGUAAAUUCUGGGAUAUGGAGGGAGUGGAUAUGGUCUUGCCCCCUAACAUUGCUAAAAAGAACCUAGGCAGGCCCAAAACUACUAGAAGAAGGGAUCCUAAUGAAGAAAGAAAGAAAUCUGGUAAGGCAUCAAGAGUAGAAGUUCCUACCAAGUGUUCUAACUGUGGUCAAAGUGGACAUAAAAGGAGAAACUGCCCUCUUCCAAAACAAAAUGCUAUACAAGAAUUACAAGCAACUGAAUGA